GUUUACAUAAUACCGUGAAUGAGAAAAUCAUCUGCUCUGAUUAACUGAUGAAGGAGGAGGAGGCUUUCUGUGGCGUGGGGGAAAUCUCCCUGGAUUUGAAGACAGAUACGUUAGGUUGCCUCUUGCACUCCGGAUCACAAAGCUACAAUAGAGUGUUGGUGGCUUACAAGGACAAAGCAGGAGAAGCAGAGAUCUGUGCAUCAAAGGCUCAGAGUGCAAACCUCACCCGAAACACGGCAGCUACAGAGGACCAUGGCAUUUGCAGGGAUGCUGAGCACAGAGGACAUCAAGGCUGCCGUCCAGGCUUGUCAAGCUCCAGGCACAUUCGACUUCAAGUUGUUCUUUGCACAAGUGGGACUGACUGGCUCAUCUGAGGCAGAUGGGAAAAAAGUAUUUACAGUGCUGGACCAAGACAGUAGUGGAUACAUUGAGGAGGAGGAGCUCAAGCUGUUCCUUCAGAAUUUCUCUCCGGAGGCAAGGGAGCUGACUGUAGCUGAGACCAAGAGUCUGAUGUCUGCAGGCGAUAAGGAUGGUGACGGCAAGAUUGGGCUGGAAGAGUUCUGUGAUAUCCUGAAAUAAAGAGAAUGAACAUUUUUGCCCAGGACUCACUUUCCCUUUUAUAAGAUACCAGGGUUUUUCCAGAUCGUUUGAUGCAAAGAUAUAAACCUCAGAUAGUCUCCUGCCUGCUGCUCUCCCUGUUGAUGUGAUAAAAUAAUGCAUAAAAUGUUUGGCAGAUGGAUACAUCUGAAUAUUAGUUGUGUGUGUUUAAUCAAUUACGUACCUGGAAUGGGUUAAUAAAUAUAUUUAAGAUG